AUGCAGAACGCUAUCGUUCAAAACUCGGCGUCAACUCCGGUUGGGCCAGCCCCUCUAUCCUUCACCCAAGGCGAACGAAUCAAGUCCAGCUAUCCCACCGUUACGGCCGCAUUCUAUCAUCAUGCAGAGACUCAUCCUGAUGUUACCGCGGCCCGUGACUUGUCGUCGCAGCAAAUUCGCGAGAUCACUUACGGUGAUCUUGCUCGUCAAGUCAACCAGCUCUCAAGGAAACUGACCAAUCUCGGGGUCAAGCCUGGAGACCGCGUGCCGCUUGUCGUAAAGCGAGGCAUUGACAUGCUAGUUGGCAUUGUUGCAAUUCUCUCUUGCGGCGCUCAGUACGUCCCACUCGACGGUGGCGUGGUGCCGGACUCCACGCUGCGGUUUGUUCUCGAGCAAGCGGGCGGGAAACACGUCUUAUGUCUUAAAUCGACGAAGCAUCGAUUCGAGACUCUCGGCAGUCCUUGCGAGAUAUUUAUCAUUGACGAAGACUCGGAGAAGGACAAGGUGGUCUCGCAAUCUCACCCGUUCCAGGACUUGGCUCAGCCAGACCAUGGGUGCUACGUCAUCUAUACCUCGGGGACCACGGGCACUCCCAAAGGAGUGGAUGUCACCCACAAAAAUGUGACCAACCUGGUAUGCCUCUCGCCCGGCGGCCUGGGUAUUUCACCUGGAACGCGGGUAAGCCAGGUGUUGAACAUCAGCUUUGACAUGGCUGCAUGGGAGAUGCUGGGAUGUCUCUGCAAUGGAGGAACUCUCAUCUUGAGAGGCUCAAAAUGGGAACCGUGCCUGAGAGAGGCUCAAGUUUUGAUCUGCACGCCAAGUAUCUUGGCCAAGUACGAUCCCAGGGAGUAUUCCAACAUCAGAGUCGCUGCAACUGCGGGUGAACCCAGCUCUCAAAGGCUCGCUGACCUUUGGGCCACUCAUGCAACCUAUUACAACUGCUGCGGGCCUACAGAGACCACCAUUGUCAACACCAUGCACCUGCACCGCCCGGGUGAAGCUUUGACAAUCGGAAAACCCACCCCAAACAACACUGUAUAUGUCCUCAACUCUGAGGGCAACUCUCUUGGCGUUGGGGAGGCCGGAGUGAUGUGGGCCGGUGGCCAUGGAAUCUCUCGUGGUUAUGUCUCUCUGCCCGAGAAGACUGCCGAGAGAUACAAGCUGGACCCUUUUGCCAACGACGGCUCCAUGAUGUACAACACGGGUGAUCUUGGUCGCUGGAGACAAGAUGGCUCCAUUGACAUCCUCGGAAGAGUCGAUGAUCAGAUCAAGAUCAAGGGAUUCCGGGUUGAACUCGACGGGGUUACCUCGUCGAUCAGCUCUUGCCCUAUCGUAUCCAAGGCCACCGCCUUGUUCAUCAGCAACGAGAUCCACGGGUUCGUUGCACCCAAGGACUGCGAUCUUGACACCAUUCAAGUCCACGUAAGAGCUCGCCAGCCUUACUACGCGAUCCCAACCAAGUUCCACUUCCUUGACGCCCUUCCCCUGACCGCGAAUGGAAAAGUCGACAAGCGGGCGUUGCAAGACAUGGUCACUGAGACUGGAAACACCGACAAGAAAGAAGUCACCGAUGUCACCAUCAGAGAGACUGCUUCGCAAGAGUCCUUGUCCACGGACAGCAACUCCACCACUACGGAUCUCAAGGCCGAGUCCUCCGCCUCCAGCUUCACCGAGAUGGACGAGAAGCUCGAUCUCACCGGCGACGUCCCGGACAAGAGCCUCGCCCGUCCCUACCGCGGCUUCGUCCACCGCAUCGCCAUCGUCUACCGCCGUCUCUUCACCAUCGUGGGCCUCUUCAACAUCGCGGCGGUCAUCGCCCUCGUCUUCGCCGGGUUCCAGCGCAACUGGCUCAGCACUCUCACGGCCAUCAACCUGGUCGUCGCCGUUCUCGCCCGCCAGGACUUUGUUAUCAACACGCUGUACACAAUCACCUGCAACGUGCCAAAGUCCUGGCCCCUCGCCAUCAGGAAACGCUGCGCCAAGAUCUUCCACUUUGGCGGUGUUCAUUCGGGCGCUGCUGUUUCUGCGGGGGCUUGGCUUUUGGCAUCCAACAUCAGCGAUGAGGUCUGCCAGCUGACCGAGUGUCCCAACUGGGGCCAUCAGUCUGUGGCUACAAAGGUCGUCUCUUGGCUUCUCACCGGUCUCUUCACCAUCACCAUUGGCCUCGCCUGGCCCGGGUUCCGCAAAACACACCACGACCUCUUUGAAAAGACCCAUCGCUUCGUUGGCUGGACCAUGUUGGGCCUCUUCUGGGUCCAGGUUGUCCUCGGCGCCAACGACAGCAAGGUCGCAGAGAUGUCUCUGGGCGCCGCAUGCAUCCGCACGCCCGGAUUCUGGAUGCUCGCGGUUGCCACGAUGAGCAUUGCCUCUUCCUGGCUGUUCCUCAAGAAAGUCCCCGUCGAAGCCGAGGUUCUCUCGGACCACGCCGUGAGACUGCACUUUGACUACACGGUCCCCGUCAACGGCAGCUUCGUCAGGCUCUCGCAAAGGCCUCUUCUCGAGUGGCACUCGUUCGCCACGAUCCCCGCUCCCGAGAAGGUCGAACAUCGCGGAAAGGGGUUCUCCCUCGUUGUUUCCAACGCUGGCGACUGGACCAAGAACUGCAUCCAGAAGCCCCCCACCCACAUCUGGGUUCGCGGUGUCCCGACCUGUGGUGUCAUGCGCAUCGCGACUUGCUUCAACCGCAUCGUUGUCAUCGCCACCGGUUCGGGCAUUGGGCCUCUGCUCGGUCACAUUCAGCAGCAGAGCUGUCCGACGCAGUUGAUCUGGUCGACUCCAAAGCCCGAGCAGACUUUCGGCAAGCCCUUGCUCGACGCCAUCAAGAUGAAGAUUCCCAACGCAGUGAUUCACGAUACUAAGCUUCUGGGUCGUCCGGACCUGGUGAAGAUGGGAUACAACCUUGUCCAGAGCUUCAACGCUGAAGCCGUCAUCAUUAUUGCAAACGAGAAGAUUACAAAGAAGGUUGUAUAUGGUCUUCAGACUAGAGGUGUUCCAGCUUAUGGCGCUAUUUGGGACUCUUGA